AUGCAAACCCAAGAGAUGCGUCGACCACUGUGGGUGUGGAACACCUAUGAGAUCAUCAGCUCUUCUACGACCACAACACAGCUCCUCUCUGCGGCAGUGCAGGCUUCAGUCACCGACUUCUAUCUCUACUUGGACGCAUCUCACUACGAGAAGUAUCACGAAUUGAUAACGCAGUUCAACGCGGCUUCGAGUGCGGCGAACAUCCGAGUCUGGGCGCUCGAAGGCGGGAGUGUGUAUUUUAGCGAUGCCGAUGGGCCCUCUCAUUUCUACAGAAACAUCGAAAACCUGAUCCGUUUCAACGAUCAGGCUCCGCCCGACGGAAAAUUCUUCGGAUUCUCCGCCGAUCUAGAACCCUACGCGAAGGGAGAAUGGACCUCCUUUCACAACGGCAUCAAGGGUUCCGACCUGGAUGCAACACCCGGAACUGGAGUCUGGAAGGGAUCUCAAGCUGCGGAUCGCGCGGCUCUGAUGCAGGACUGGGUGGAUAUUCAUCACACCGCUAAGGCCAUGCUGAGUGUGGCUGGUUGGCCGUUUGCGGCUGCAUUUCCCCAUUGGAAGUGCAAUUAUUUCGGCGAGCCGCUACAGGUGCGGUGGCCGGAUGAGAAGGCGCCGCUUCGGAGAGUCAUGGAGCUUCUAAUGGAGAGUGUAGACGAUUAUGUCGUGAUGAGCUAUCAUACUGAUCCUCAGAAUGCCUCUAGGAGGGUCGGAGAUGAGGUUGAGUAUGCCACGGCGUUGAGGAGGAUGGGUAGGGAACAUCGGCCGCGAGUCUUUGCGGCUGUGGAGACGAUACAAGGUGUUGGCGCUUCAGUUUCCUAUGGCGACCAUGCUUUGAAGCGAUCCAGGGCUGCUGUUCUCAGAGAUGUUGAGGCGAUCACAGCUACACUCAGACGCUAUGAUGCCUUUGGAGGUGUGGCUAUUCAUGCUUGGUCGGGAUGGAAGAAGUUGCCGGAAUGA